GCAUGGGUACUCCCACACAGAGCUGGUUAGCAUGGCAACAGACUCCACAGGGACAUACACAGUUUCAGCAGAUCCAACAGGAACUCCACUUGACUUCAGUCAUCCAGCAGCGACGGAUCACACACAGAUGGCUGGUCAAGUCACUGAACAGUACUACCCAUCUGGUCAGGGUCCUGAAGGUACAAAAAAUGUGGAAUUGGAGGAUACCUGCUGACUUCCACAUAAAGCCGCAAGUUCGAUUCCUGCGCUACCGCUUCCAGUGUACCGACCAAUCAGCAAUGCCGAGGAAAUCAACCCCCGUCCACUAGCCGUAGGCCACGCCCACUGAGUGCCAGCAACUCAUUGUUUUUCAAAAAUAUUUAAAAUGUGGAAUUCUGUUUAUAGCAAUGUAUUUUGUUUUAGAGAAAAUGAAAAAUAGGUUUCAGCUAAUUUUUCAUACGUUUCUGAUUCGACUUCCUCUUCACAAACAGGAUUGUAAACUUUUACAAUAAAUGUUGUCUAUUUUGAACAUCAAACUAAGUGUAUUUUAGU